CCCGCUGGGGCCAGGCGGAGGAGAAACUCGGGGAAGCUGGCCCCGCCCCCUCCUCCUCCGCCAUGUAGCGCGGCGGGUCGGGUCCCGCGCCUUUCCCAGUUUCGUCAUUUCCGGCUCAUGCCGGAAGCCGCCUCGGAAGGAACUAAAUUUGAACGGGCCAAGGAGAGGUGCUUCCCUGGUUGUGCUGUGGCAGCCUCCUGGAUGUUGGAACCAUAGAGGAUGCCUAUCCGUGCCCACUGUACCAUCUGCUCAGAUUUCUUUGACAAUCACAAGGAUGUGGCAGCUAUCCACUGCGGGCACACCUUCCAUCAGGAGUGUCUCAUCCAGUGGUUUGAUACUGCACCGAGUCGGACUUGUCCGCAGUGUAGAAUCCAGGUCGGCAAAAGACACAUCAUCAAUAAGCUGUUCUUUGAUGUUGCCCUGGAGGAGCAGACGUCACUGGAUGCAGAAAGCAUACAGAAUGAACUGGACAAGGUGAAAGCACAGCUCUCCAUGAAAGAGAAGGAGAAGCGAGACUGCCAGUCUAUCAUAGACACACUGAGGGAGACUGUGGAUGUUCACAACGCCACCAUCGAGUCGCUCCAGAAAGCCCUGUGUGAGACAGAGAUGCUGUGUUCCACUCUCAAGAAACAAAUGACGUACCUGGAGCAGCAGCAGGAAGAAACCAAAGGUGCAAAAGAGGAGGCCCGAAGGCUGAGAAAUAAACUGAAAACCAUGGAGAGGAUUGAGAUGCUCCUGCAGAGCCAGCGCCCGGAAGUGGAGGAGAUGAUCCGUGAUAUGGGAAUAGGGCAGGCAGCAGUGGAACAGCUUGCAGUCUACUGCGUCUCACUGAAAAAGGAAUAUGAAAAUUUGAAAGAGGCUCGGAAGGCGUCUAGUGAGUUGACUGAGAAGCUGAAAAAGGAGCUGUUUUCUGCCAAUAAUAAGCUGCAGAAAACAUUCUUGGAGUUGGAGAAGAUGGAGGAGGAGUUAAAAAGCACCCAGAAGGAUCUGAGUAAUGCAGACAAGGAGAUUAUGAGUUUGAAGAAGAAGAUUGGAAUCCUGCAGGAGACCCUGAAGGAGCCGUCUGUAACCAGCGAAACGCUCAGCCGACUGGUCUUCGAAAGCCCUGCUCCUGUGGAACUGCUGAACCCAAAGCUCCACCGCCGCACCUUUGAUGUCGAGACGCCUGAGCAUCAGCCUCACAAAUCAAUCGCAGCCCCUGCAAAAAAACCCAAGCUGGAUAAAAAGCCGCCUCCUGUGACAAACCUAGCAAAAAAAGUUUUGAAGGAAACAGUGGAGAACUGGGCAGGUGAGCAAGAGGAUGACCCUCUAGAAGAAUUCUUUCCUGCAUUCAUCAGGAACUCGGUUCUUUCCAGGAAGCCACCUGUGAGCAGCCUGCUGGGGCCACACAAGAACACAGGAGCUGUGAGAAUGGGGUAUGAUGGCUUAGGAGGUAGAACUAAGUUCAUACAGCCCACAAACCCAAUGGAGAUCCGUCCCUUAACUGUAAAGAGCAGGAAGAGGAACGUCUCCAAGCCAGCAUCCACAACUGCAGCAGCUUCCUCCUCUGGCACCAGCCAGGCAAAACUGGACAGCUUCCUUCAGUAAAUCUGAAGGCUUUCCUGAUCACUUAGGCAUGCGUGGGCAGAAGCCGUGGAGCUUACCUACAUCUCUGCAGAACCAAGGCACUGGGACCAACAUACAGUGUCAGAACUCUCCCAUGGGCUGAAACUGCCCUUUCGUAGUUCGCUGUUGAUCCAGUCCAGGCUGACUACACCGUGAGCAUGGCGAGGCAGGAUGUGCCAUGUGCUGCCAGCUGUCCUGGGAGAUGGGGCUCCUGGCACUGAGCAACCUGCCUGCCUUUGCCUGACGUGCAAGGUCACUGGUUUGUGCUCAAGAGCUCAGGACUCCCUGUGGGUGGGGUGUGUGGAUCCCUCAACUCUGCUUGGUUUGACUCAUCUCGGCCUCACUCCUAGGCAAUGCAGUAAAGUGUGGGACAAAUCAGACUUAGAAAUCUCCUGGCUGCUGAUUGGUUCGGGCCUGGCCUUACGAGGCUGCAUUUCCCCCAGGAGCCUUUGUUGGCAGAGAAUAAACAAUGAAUUUCCUCGCCCUGCUUCCCUGGUCUCUAAGGCUUUGGCACUUCUGGUGGCAACGGGCCCCUUGGGGGACACAGCACUCUAGCUUGGUUUCAGGAGUAUCGUAUCCCUGAAGAUGAGGAAGGGGAUCCAGUGUCUGUUAGCCUGUAGCAUCCAGAGCUGAUUUCCACGCCAGGGAUGGGCAGUCUCCCCAUGCUUGAUGUUUCAUCUCCAACUGUCCUGGCUAGUAGUGCGGCAUGGCAAUCCUCUCCCUAUCCUGGAGUCUUUGGGCCGGAGCGUGCCUGGUGCAACCCCACCUGAAAGGAGGAGUCUGCCUCAGGCACGAAUCUGGUUUUUAAUCUGAGAGCCAGGGGAGACACCUCACGUUGACACCUUACACCUAGUCAUGGCAGCUGGGGACUUAGCCUAGCAGGAGACUGCUUUGGAAGGGACAAGGCCAGAAUCCAUGGCAGACAACCAUUCUGUGUUGCUGUCUCUGCCAUCCCAGCAGGUAGCCAGCCUGCCGAUUGUCCAUAGAGCAAAACUGUGUGUGAUUUGUUGCUGUACAGUGGGCAUGCGACAGGCACUGUACUGUUUUAUCUGACCUCCAAGCAGCUGCUUGGCAUGCACAGGUUUGAUGAGGAGGCGGGUCUGUAAUGAGGCAGUGGGGAAUGGGGUGAUCUUAGCGUUUCUAGCUCAGCAGCACCAGGAGCAGGUGGCCUUUCCCAGCUCGCCACUUCUGUAGGGCUUUAUUUUCCAGAAUCAAGAACUUCACGUCUCUGUACCAGGCUCUUAAAGGGGCAGGCGUCUAUGAUUUUCUGGAUGCUCUGCAAACUUUGGUUUGGAACUUAUAUUUUUAUAUAUUUAAUCAAUUUUUUUAAAUGAUAUGAUGAGUUUAGAAAUGCUCCUCUGAGAUGGAUCCCUCCCUACUGCUGCUUGAGUGUUAAAUGCAAAAUACCAGCCCAGUUACACUUACUGGGAAAGAAAUAUGAUGGGGCUGCUGAUUGCUAGAGGAGGGCUUUAUUCUGCUGUCAUUGGCCUUAAACUCAGUCUGACGUCUCACAUUUCCCAAGUGGUUCUGUUCCAGAUCUUGCCCUGAUACAAUGGAGCCCUCUUCAAAUUGUGCUGUUUAUAAUGAAUUGGCUAGUGAGCAUGGCUUGUUAGAGAGCUGGCCGGACAGAUCCAGCAUUGGUACAGGCUUAUCUGGAAACCAAAAUGAAUGGAUUAAAGGCAGAGCACUAACUCCACUGAUUUCAGCAUCAGCAGCUGUUUGUGUCAGUGCCCAGCCCGUGCUGUGUGGGUGCCCCAAUUCCUGUAUGUCCCUGAGAAUGUGUGCCUUUAUUAAAUAAAUGUGGUGUACAAUA